UUGUGCUAUUUGUCAAUUUUAAAAGUGUAAACUGGAAAAUUUGAAUGACUGUAAAAAUCAAUACCAAAUCAUCUUUUACUUAAUUAAAUUUUAAUGUCAUGUAUAAGUUUAUUUUAUCCGGUUUCUAGUAAAACUUUGGAGGAUUUACUUGCUAGCACCACCUAUUUCAACCACGUUUAUAUCAAUAUCGCUUUUCAGGGUUUCAAAGCAAGCGUGCAUUGUCACUAGUAUAUUCAGUCAACUUCAACCAAUUUUUAGAAUAUUAUUGAAUAUGGCACCCCCACGUCCUAGACCCUUGGUCUUCUGUGGACCUUCAGGAUCUGGAAAAAGUACUCUCGUUUCCAGGAUGACCAAAGAAUUUCCUGACAAGUUUGGGUUUAGUGUUAGUCACACUACAAGGAGCCCGAGACUUGGAGAAAUUAAUGGUCAGCACUAUCACUUCAUUGUGAAGGAAGAAAUGGAACAAGCCAUCAGUGAAGAUAAGUUUAUAGAAUAUGCAAUAUUCAGUGGUAACAUAUAUGGGACCAGUAAAGCAGCAGUGCAAAAGAUAAUUGACCAGGGAAAAAUUUGCAUUCUGGAUAUUGAUGUGCAAGGUGUGAAGAAAAUUAAAGGUUCUAAUUUAAAUGCGUGGUAUAUAUUUGUGGAGCCCCCCUCUCUUGAAGAAUUGGAAAAAAGGCUCAGAGCUCGAAAUACAGAAACUGAAGAAAGCUUGUUACAAAGAUUAAAAGUUGCUGAAGAAGAAAUGAUUUAUGGUAAAACACCUGGAAAUUUUCACAUAAUUAUAACAAAUGACAACUUGGAUCAUGCAUAUGAUAAACUAAAAGCAUUUUUAGUGAAUUUUGUACUGAAUGAUGACUUCUCCAAAUAAAUGGUGACUCUCUCACAAUUUAAUCCAGAAAAUAUCAGCCAAGAUUUGAACUGGAGGGUUAGCAUUUUAUGAAUGUUCAAUCCCUACAUUCCAAACUGGUUACAUUUUGAUAAGAGCAUUUUAUUUCAUUGUGUUUUGUGAGUUGAUAACUUUAUACAACUUUAAAAGUAUACAUUUGGUGCAACAAUGAAGUAUUACUUGGGGAAGUAUUAAAUAUUUAUGCCAUCUAUGGUUAUUUACAUUUUUACCACUUACAUAUUUACUAUUCUUUAUAUUUUGUUAAAAACUGUAUAGUAUUCUUUAUAUUUUGUUCAGACAUGUGUAUAUCUCGAUUUUAAAGUGUGUUUUGGUGUGGUUUUAAGUUGAUUUAAAAUUACAUCGAAUUAGUGGAAUUUUAAUUGGGUUUGUGAAUAAUUAUUUAAUAAAUAACUCAAUACAAUGUGCUAUUCUAAUGUAUUAACCUAGGCAGUAUAUGAUGAAGUACUUAUUUAUCAAAUUAUAUCAUUUUAAUAAAAUGUCUGCGCAUAAAUUGUCUUUGGGCAUUAUUUAUAUUAUAUUUUAAGUUAUUUUGUAAUAACUGAGUGUCAUAUUUAAAUUUUUCUUUGGCAAAAAUUUAGAGUAUUAAAAUUUUGUAAACUAGGUGGUUGCUUCGGACCGCAGAUAUUUGUUACUAGUUCUUUAGAAAACCAACAUUAUGAAACCAAAGUUUAGAUUAGGCACUAGAGCUUGAAUAUUGUUCAUGUAAAAAAUCUAAAAAAUUAUUAAGCACUUGGUAUAAUGUACUUGUAAUUAAUGAAAUGUUUAUCAUUAGGAUGAUGUAAGAAAUUUUCAUGGUCAGGGGUGUGGGUUUGUGGUUGUGAAUUGUUGGAUCUGGAUGGUGGUGGAAUCUGAUUUUUUUU